AGUAAUAGAAAUUCUGUUCUUGUCAGAGAUACGCAGUCGUUCUAUUCUGUUGUUUCUGUUCUUGUCGAUCGCAGUGUUCAUCGUGUUUGUGUAGUGGAUGAGAAUGAUGUUCUCCAGGGUAUAAUCUCACUUUCGGACGUGAUGAAAAGCCUCGUGUUAGAGCCAGGUAGACAUCUCGAUUCUCAAAAUCCUCCACGAAGGCGUUUCUCUCAGGUCUCAUUCGAUAUGACAAAUACGCAAAUGUACUUGCGAACGCUCGGGUAUGGUGAUCCCACAUAUUGGUAA